ACUUACCCCCGGGCUCCAGGACAGAGGGCUUCUUCUCCUCCCAGAAGCCAGAUAGCUGGCUCCAGCCUCUUCUGGUCAACACCAUGGCCAAGACCCCCAGUGACCAUCUCUUACACUCACUGGAGGAGCUGGUGCCUUACGACUUUGAGAAGUUCAAGUUCAAGCUGCAGAAUACCAGCCUGGAGAAGGAGCACCCCCGGAUACCCAGGGGCCAGCUUCAGACAGCCAGACAAGUGAAGCUGGCCUCUCUGUUGGUCUCUCACUAUGGGGAGAAGUGUGCUGUGCAGCUGACCCUGCAGGUUCUGAAAGCCAUCAACCAGCAUCUCCUGGCAGAGGAGCUCCACAGGGCGAUUGACCAAGAAUAUCCAGUAAGUGGCACCAACUGUUCAGCAAUGUCUUGUUCCUCUGGGGAGAAAAAGCCCAAGAGCCUGAGGAUACCAGGUGGCCCGGAAGGUGACAGGCAGCGGCAAAAUGGUUAUGGGGCAGCCAGCCUGCCAGGCGGCCAGCCCGAGGCUGGAAGGGGGGCCCAGAAGAAGCCUCAGGGCAAAAGGAGAGAUCAGAAGGUCUCGGAGGGCCUGGAUGUGCAGGGCAAGCCAGCGGCCAAGGGCAUGACUCUGUGUUCCAGGAGAAGUCCCCUCCCCAAUAAGCUGCAAGGGGAUAAGGGGAGCAAUUCGAGUGUCACCCUACGCAGGAAUGCCAGCUCUGCAGGAAGGCUCCAAGGACUCUCUAGUGGGUCAUUUGCUGGGUCCCCAGGAAGGAAAGAAUGCAAGAUACCUGAAGCAAAUUUACCUUCAAAAAAUAGGCGACCCAAAAGUCUUGAACUUUCCAUUACUUCAAGAGAAAGAGAAGCCCCCAAUCCAGAAACUCUUCUUCCUCAAGAGAAAAGGAGAAGUGAGAAUCUGGACUCAGCAGCCAACUCCAGCGAAGUAGGCACUCUGGAUGUAGGGGCUACUGUGGCUCCAGAGAAAGGCUCCAGGAAUCUAGAACAUUGUGUGAUCCUGGGUGGAGAAGCAUUCAGGAAUAUAUCUUCCAAUGUAAUAUUGGCUGGAGAGGAGAAGACUUGGGAGCAUCCAGAAGCCACAGCACCUUCAGAGAAAAAGGAAAUUGAGGGUCCAGAGACCUCUGAGACCUUGGGGGAGGUGGUAGGCAGUGUGCUCCAUGAGUCUUCAAAUCCUGAAGUCCCUCCAUCUUCAGGAGAUUUUUCCACUGCCAUGUCCCCAGGGAGGCCGCAAGAUGAGGCUGUGUGUCCCCUUUGCCGUACCCAGAAAGGAGACCCGGUUGGUGGCACCUGUGUGCAUGAUUCCUGCAGCUGCUCUGGUGCUUGUAGGGAUCCGAAGUCCUCAGGUGGUUGCCCACCCAGCUGCCACCUGUGCCAGUCCUCGAUCCCAAGGAAUAGUGGAGGCCCCAAGCAGCAGGAGGGCCUACAGAUGGUCAGCGUGAGACCCAAGCCCCCCCUGCAAUGUGAGCGUCACAUGAUGCAGGCCCAGUUGCUCUUCUGCGAGGACCACAGGGAGCCUAUCUGCCUCAUCUGCAGCCUAAGUCAGGAGCACCGAGGACACCGAGUGCGCCCCAUCGCGGAGGCUGCCCUGGAAUACAAGGAACAAAUUCAGAAGCAGCUGGAAUAUCUGAAGGAGUUGAAAAAAUCUGGAGAAGAGCAGAGAUCUCAGGGGGAUGAGAACACCGCAAACUACCUGAAACAAACUCAAAUCCAGAAGCAGCGAGUCCGGUACCAGUGGGAGCAGUUGUGCCAGUUUCUGGAGGAGCAAAAGCGGCUCUUUGUGGCCUGGCUGGAGGAGCUGGGCCAGACCAUUGGACAGGUCAGGGAGACAUAUGAUACCCGAGUGUCCAGGGACAUUGCCCUUCUCGACAAGCUGAUUGAGGAGCUGGAGACCAAGCAGUGCCAGUCAGAAUGGGAGCUUAUGCAGGACAUCGGAUUCACCCUGCACAGGGCCAAGACAGUGACUAUCCCUGAGCCAUGGGCCACCCCUCCAGAGAUGAAAGAAAAGUUCCACCUGCUCUACAAGAAAUCAGAGUUUGUGGAGAAGAGCAUAAAGCACUUCUCAAAAACCCUGAGUUCAGAAAUGGAAACCUUCAUUGUUCCAGAAUUGGUUGGUGCUCAGGCACACGCUGUUAAUGUGGUUUUGGACGCAGAAACCGCCCACCCCGACCUCAUCUUCUCUGAUGACCUGAAGAGUGUGAGACUUGGAAACAAGUGCAACAAUCUGCCUGACAGUCCAGAAAGAUUUGAUAGCUGCAUCAUGGCCUUGGGCUCUCCGAGCUUCCUCUCUGGCCUCCAUUACUGGGAAGUGGAGGUGGGAGACAAGACAGGGUGGGUCCUGGGCAUCUGCAAGGCGUCCACAAGCAGAAAGGGGAGCAUGACUUUGUCACCGGAGAAUGGCUACUGGGUGAUAAUGAUGAAAGGAAGGGAGUACCAGGUGUCCACGUCUCCCCCAACCCGCCUGAAGAUGAGGGAGCCCCCCAGGCGUGUGGGCAUCUUCCUGGACUACAAUGCUAGAGACAUUUCCUUUUACAAUGUGACAGCCAAAUCCCACAUCUACACAUUCACUAGCUUCUCUUCCUCUGGGCCCCUCAAACCUAUCUUCAGCCCUGGGACACAUGAUGGAGGGAAGAACAUGGAUCCUCUUACCAUCUGUCCAGUGGGUUUCCUGGGGCCUCACUGACUGCCCCAUUCUUGGCAUCUCUCUUCCAAGUCCCAGCCUUGUAACUUGAAUUCAUACACUUAAACAUUAUUAUUAAUGUAUUAUUCAUACAUUAUUAAACACAUACUUGGUUCUGGGUGCUUUCGGGAGUAUAGGGAAUAAGAUAAUCCCUGUGCUCAGGAGCUUAUGGACUAGUAGCAGAAGUAAGCUAGAUACAAAACUAAUGGUAAACCAAGGGUAAAGAGAACACAUGUACUGAUGACAUGCCACAUUUUUCAGAGUAGAAAGUACAUGGCGGUUGCUAAAUAAAUCCAUGUAUGAAUCAGCACCCUAAGAUGCUCCUGAGACAGACAUCCUACCUUCAUUUUCCCUCACAACCCCACAGCAAGGAUGUGUUCCCUCAUUCUAUCCACCCCUGUGUUAAGGAUUUGGGAAGUCUAGGGGGGGAAAGCAAGCUGACCGGAUUGUUAUAAACUAUUUUUGUACCUGGAUUAAUGAACUCUCAUUCUUAAGAGUAUCGGCUGGUCCUCAUAAAUAAGUUGAUUAGAAAGUUUGAUCAUAAACUCAUUUUUUGUCACUCAGUCGAUCACUGUGAGAUCCCAUUUCCCUACUAAACACCGUGAAAGAGAUGGGGCUGUUGUGAAAAAAAAUAUGUGACACAUAUUCCAAAUGUUGAAUUCUGUCCUGAUCUAUAUCUGAAAAUCUGUGGGCCUGUGGAAUAUUAGGUGCUGUAGUUCACAGAUGUCCCUUGUAUUAUCCCCCAUUUAAAGAGAUAUAAAGAAAAGGGAUGUAAAGGGAAAAAAAAAAUUAAAUGAAGAUUAAACUCCAAACUCCUCUACCCCAACUCCUCUUUCCACAGCUUCACGUUUAAGAGCCUAGAUUAGACUCAGGUUCUCCAUGGCUGUGACGCAAGCAUAAAACACAUGCUUUGCUGUCUUCAUGGAGCUUUGUUCUAUGUACAUAAUUCACAUUCUAACACAGUUCACAUACCUUAUUUGCUUAUCUGUGCCCUAAGGUUUGUCAUUUGUUACUCCCAAUUAUCCCUUGCUAUAACAUUUUCACAGACAGCUUCAUGUAUAUGUUCCACCACCUCCCUACACACAUAGUUUUUCUCCUGUUAUUCCUAACAUGGCUCCAGAAUGUGAACUAUUUGGUAACACUUGUUACAGUUGGCCAUACAAUCUUCCAGAAAGAUUUUAAAAGGUGUCAUGCCCAAAGUAAUAUCUGACGUUUAAUUUUAUUUAUUUAUUUUUUUGGCUGAUUUAAUAGAGAUGUAAUGGAAUUUUACGUGUUUUAUUUCAUUACCAUUUAGUGAGGCU